CAUUGACGCACUCCCGGGGGUGGACGCUCACUUCCAUCCGUCCCUCUCACUCUUUCUACGCCCCAAUCACUGCGAAGUAUCCCAGAAUCUUCAUCCUGUCUUAAAGCCGUGAUCUUUGUCCUAAUCCAAGAGCAUACCAAGCUAAAUGGAAGGAGAAAAGCUCGUGGAUGAACAGGUAAUAUCAAGCCUUUUUGAUGAUAAGAAUAUUAUAUCCUGUUUAUCAGAUGAUGUCACUAUUUGAAAGCCUCUGGUUUGUUUUUGCAUGCUUUCUACUGUAUUGAAUUGAACUGAAGUUAUGAGCCAGCAAGAGGAGAAAUUUGUGAGGUUCCAAGACUGGCAUUCAGUGAGAUCACUUAGUUCUGAGGAAACAUUUUCAGGACGAGGGAAAGGAAUAUUUGGUUCAGUUACAAAUAAGCUCCUAGGUGCAGUCAAACGGGGUUCGAAGGUGAUAAAAAAUGUUUUCCACUUCAAGUAUCAAAAUGAUUAUUCUGAGGAAGAGCUUGAACAUAAGCAAAAAGUACUUGAUCCUCAAGGGGCAUUUCUUCAGAGGUGGAAUAAGAUAUUUGUCUUGUCUUGUGUGAUUGCGGUAUCUGUGGAUCCCUUAUUCUUCUACAUCCCAGUUGUCAAUAUUAAGGGCACAUGCAUCGAUCUGGAUAAAACAUUGGCAGUCACUGCUAGUGUACUGCGCACCUUCACAGAUAUAUUUUACAUUCUUCAUAUCAUUUUCCAAUUUCGGACUGGUUUUGUUGCUCCUUCAUCUCGAGUCUUUGGGCGGGGUGUCUUAGUUAAAGAUUCUUCAAUUAUAGCCAGACGGUAUCUGUCAUCAUGUUUUCUCAUUGACAUCCUUGCCGUGCUUCCCUUGCCACAGGUGGUUAUGGUAAGCAUAAUUACUAAACCGGGGGGUUCUACUUCACUAAAUGCUAAAGGUCUUCUGAUGCUCAUCGUUGUUCUCCAAUAUGUGCCUAGGCUUGUUAGGAUCAUUCCUUUGUAUCUGGAUGUUACAAGAACAGCAGGAAUAAUUACCGAAACAGCUUGGGCUGGAGCUGCAUUCAACCUAUUGCUUUACAUGCUCGCAAGUCAUGUACUUGGAGCAUUUUGGUACUUGUUUUCGAUUGAACGAAUGUAUACAUGCUGGCGACAAGAAUGCCUUGCAAAUAAGUGCCAUACUUCUUCUUUGUACUGUUAUGGGAAAAACAAUGGAGGCAAUACAUUUAUCCUCAAUAAUUGUUCUACUGAUGAAAAAAAUAAGUUAUUUGACUUUGGAAUAUUCCGUCCUGCUCUAACAAAUGUUGUUGGGCCCAGAGACUUCUUCCCCAAGUUGUUUUAUUGCUUUUGGUGGGGGUUGCGAAACUUAAGUUCUCUUGGCCAAAAUCUUAACACGAGCACCUAUACCUGGGAGAUUUUGUUUGCUGUUUUUAUCUCAAUUUCUGGCUUGGUUUUGUUUUCACUUCUCAUAGGCAAUAUGCAGACAUAUCUGCAAUCCACCACUAGGCGAGUCGAAGAAAUGAGAGUAAAAAGGCAAGAUGCAGAACAAUGGAUGUCUCAUCGUUUGCUUCCUGAUAUUUUGCGGGAACGAAUCCGUCGGCAUGAGCAAUACAGAUGGCAAGAAACAAGAGGUGUAGAUGAACAACAGCUGGUAAUGAAUCUUCCCAAAGACCUUAGGAGGGAUAUAAAGCGCCAUCUUUGUUUUGCACUACUCAAGAGGGUUCCAAUGUUUGAGAAAAUGGACAAUCAACUAAUGGAUGCAAUGUCUGAUCGCUUGAAGCCAGUGCUGUACACUGAACAAAGCUGCAUCAUUCGCGAAGGAGACCCUGUAGAUGAGAUGCUGUUUAUAAUGCGAGGAAAGCUAGACAGCAUCACGACAAAUGGCGGAAGAACUGGUUUCUUCAAUUCAGAUUUUCUCAAGGCUGGAGAUUUCUGCGGUGAAGAGCUCCUUACUUGGGCUCUGGAUCCACAUUCAUCCUCUAGUCUCCCCAGUUCAACAAGGACAGUAAAGACAUUAACAGAGGUUGAAGCUUUUGCUCUUAUGGCCAAUGAUCUUAAGUUAGUUGCAUCCCAGUUCCGGAGGCUGCACAGCAAGCAGCUUCGCCAUACAUUCAGGUUUUAUUCUCAGCAGUGGAGGACAUGGGCUGCAUGUUUCAUACAAGCUGCAUGGCGGAGGUACACGAAAAAGAAACUCGAGGAUUCUUUGAAUGAACAUGAAAAUAGAUUGCAGGUUGCUCUGGUGAAAAGUGGUACUAGUGCACCCAGCCUCAGUGCCACCAUUUACGCGUCUCGGUUUGCAGUGAAUACCUUGCGGGCUUUGCGAAGGAAUGGAGUUCGCAAGACAAGGUUGCCAGAAAGGUUGCCUGUGAUACUGCUGCAAAAACCAGCAGAGCCUGAUUUUACUGCAGAGGAUCAUUAAUGCAGUGCUCUUUGGCUGAGAAUCAUCUGCUCUAUAUCAUCUGUUCUGGCUUAGUAUAAUAAAUUUAGCAUUGCAUCAAACAAGGUGUGUUCUUUGUGUGGUAGAAGAAUGUAGUGUAUUAACGAACAUAUACAAAUAAGAGUGUACUUGCAGCUUACUGAUUGUUGUAACUUGUUUGACAGUUUUUCUUUAAAAUAUGUUUGCUCGUGCA